GGAUAGCGGGCCCCGUUUUAAUUUGAACGUCCAAAAUCAUGGCAUUGAAGAAUCUGCACACUGAAUUUAAUCAAUUCAGCCACUCAGCCAGGAGAGGGCACGCGACCACCGCUAACAGUGAGCGAGCGCCGAGGGCCCCGCGCUGCCCCAGAAGACCAGCAGAGGGCGUGCGAGCUGCCUUGUUGGACCCCUGAGAAGCCCCGACCGCCUCCGUGCUCCUCCUAUGGCCGCCAGCGCCGCGCCCGCAAGGAGGACGAGAACCUCAUUUCCCUCACCGCAGAUCUAAGGGGACACCGCCUCACUUUGGGACAACCUGAGGCUGCGUCAAUGACCUUGUACUGUUGUUACACAGUUCAAUAUUGAAGGAGAGAUUCUCCAGAGUUUGCCCAGAAGCCAGGAUGUCUGGAAAUAAUCCCAGCCUCUGGAGAGUGAUUCAUGGAGCCUGACUGCCCACUGCUGCUAACCCGUAGACUGGCCUUGGCUCACACAUCUGACUGUUCCUCUGAGUAAAAGCCUCUCUUUCUUCAGCCUUGCAAGUUUCCUGAGGGUGCCUCUAACAAGCGGACUUCACAUAUAAAAGGGGACCCUGAGAGACCUACUUCCUGGCUUCUCUUCUGGAAGUCAGGGAAGAGUACAGGAAGGAGUCACCACAGUGCCCAACUGACAACUGACAGUUUCACCAACUGAGUUUCCAGAGGACUGCAGUUUAAUCUGUUCAAAGAACAGUCCAAGAAGCCACUCUGGACCCUCAGCAUUAAGACAAAGGAUGGAGGGGGCAAACAGGUGGUGAUUAUGACUGCUACCAUUUACUGAAUCCUUCCCAUGCUGAAAACCCUACUGUAAGCUAUUUAUGCUCGUUUUAAGGAGCGGAUAGUUUAAUAGACAAGAAGGAAGGAAGGAAGGAAGAAGAAAACAGCUCUGCUCCCCUGUACAGAGCAUCCACGAAGCAGGAUGUCAAUGUCUCCAGCAAAAAUGAUCAUUUACGGCAGUGUGCUGUGUACCGGGGGCUUUUCCCUUGCAUAUUUCAUCAUACAAAAGACGUAUUCCAGGAGUUUAUAUUACCAGUUGGCAUUGGAGCAGCUGCAGAUCCAUCCCGGGGCACAGGAAGCUCUGGGCCCUCCUGUCAGCGUCCACCAUCUCAAGCUCACUGGCAAGGACAACUUUGUGGACAUUGCUGAUGCCAAGUUGAAGAUUCCUGUCUCUGGAUCUAAGUCAGAGGGUCAUCUCCACGUCCACUCAACCAGAAGUGGCCCCUUUCAGAGGUGGCACCUUGACGAGGUCUUCUUAGAGCUCAAGGAUGGUCAGCAGAUUCCCGUGUUCAACCUCAGUGGGGAAAAUGGUGAUGAAGUGAAAAAGGCAUAGAGACGAUCCGGAAGACCCAGCUUCUAGUCCGGCCUUCCCUCUUCUCACCCUGUGCCCACUGGCGUGGUGGCCUAUCUGAGUGACAGAUACUCCCACAAGCCAGUUUUCCAGCCACCAGUAGGAUGACUGUAUGUGCCAUCAUAUGGUAAUUUUGGUAUAAAUCUAACUUGGGUACAACAAAUGCUAGUUGUCAUUUUUAAACUGAAUCAGAAAGAAACUCAUAAAUUUCAGAUGAUUUAUUUGAAAGUGCUUUGUUUAAAAAAGCACAUGAUAAAAGGAAUCAGAAUUAAUAAAACGUUUGUUGAUCUUU